AUGUCCUUUCGAUCCAAGAUCCCGGAGACGCCCCGCGUCAUCUCGCCGAGUCCCACCCCAUCCGAGCGCGACGCCGCCGAUUACAUGGGCCCUGUUACACGCUCGGCUGCCCGGAGACGGACACCCACGCCGCAGCCCCUCGACGAGGAUCUACCCGAGCCCCCCGAGUUUCGACGUGCCCGAACCCGCAGCCGCUCGCCGAUCGACACACAGGCCGUGACGCGCUUGACGAGGCGCACGAGCACCGCUGCUAAGGCGGGCAAGAUGUCCAAGAACACCAUUCCAGAAGAGCAGACGACGUCUAAUGGAGCGCUCAGCAGUAACGGCAAUGGAAAGUCCACGACAUCAAAUGGUCACCUUGCGCCGCCUCAACCUUCAACACCGGUGGGAUGGUCCUGGCGUGACUUUAGUCGAAGUCCCAGUCCCUUGGGCCUUAUCCCUAUCCACCGACACUGGAGAACCUUUGUACACAAGCACGAGGUACCCCGCAAGGUGCUCCACGUGUCGAUCGGGUUCUUCGUUAUCUGGCUCUACGUGACAGGAACUCAGACUACAUCAGUCACACCAUGGCUCAUGUCAGCGCUCAUCCCAAUCGCAGCCACUGACUGGCUCCGACACCGAUAUGCGUCUGUCAACCGUCUCUAUGUCAAGGUCCUCGGUGCUUUGAUGCGCGAGAGCGAGUACUCUGGCUGGAACGGUGUGAUCUUCUACCUCCUCGGUGCCUGGAUCGUCCUCUAUGGCUUCCCCAAGGAUGUUGGUAUCAUGAGCGUUCUCUUGCUCAGCUGGUGCGACACCGCUGCCAGCACCUUCGGUCGACUUUGGGGUCGAUAUACCCCUCGUCUUCGCAGGGGCAAGUCUCUUGCUGGUUCGACUGCUGCCUUCCUCGUUGGCGUUGGCACAUCGUACUUCUUCUACGGCUGGCUCGUUCCUACAGUUGGUCCAUUCCCUGGUGACGAGAACUUCCUCUUUAAGGGCGUUCUCUCGCUGCCCAAGACCAUCUGCGAGGCUGUUGGUGUCUCCAAGGAGCAGACAACCAUCUCUGGAGCCCUCGCGCUCGGUGUCAUGAGCGUCUGGUCCGGCUUUGUCGCUUCUGCCAGUGAAGUUGUCGACAUCUUUGGUUGGGAUGAUAACCUGACGAUUCCCGUGCUCAGCGGUCUUGGUAUUUGGGGCUUCCUCAAGGUCUUUUCCUAG